AUGACUGCUAAGAAAUCCCUGUUGUUACAAAAGGAAAGUCAUAAUUCAAAGAAGUCCGUUUCUAUGCCUGCGCCUCGGUCCCAUAAAAAAAAAGAAAACCCAAAUCCACUUCUUCCACCUAAAAAUGGAGGUAGUGUGAAACGUCAGGUGGUUCCGGCAUCCGUUGUAAGCUCAAAAAAAAGCAUACCACCGAAAACGAAAUCAGUAGCGUCCACUCCCUCCCCAAAGUCGAACCAGGCUAAGCACCCGACCCCUGCACCCAAGACUGCGGUAUCUCACCACGCCAAAAGUCAUGGAAAGAAGGAUAAUGCACAAAAAAAAGAAAUCCCAAAUAACGUAGCACCAUCAUCUUAUCCUGUUCGAUCUCCUUCAAAAGCCCCGACUUUCACGAAACCAACGCCGACAAGUCAGCCCCCACAACCCCCCUCAAACUCCAAUAAACGGGCCCGAGAAGACCCCAAAGAUGAAAGGUGUGGUAAGUUCAACGGUGUGGAGGUAAAGGACACGAAGGCGAAGCCGUCCGCUGGGCCUAUAAAACCGGUCUUGGGGAAAACACACGCGAAUAAAAAGUCCGAACCACCCCGCCCGUCCUCACGGCCUUCUUCCACUCCCCCUUCCCAUCAAAAUCGCGAGGGGGGGAAUUAUUCUCAUCCUCUUAUUGAGGUGGAUGAAUUUAUCGGCAAACCCUUCUUUUCUCCUCCUGUGCACGUGAGCCACUAUACCGUGGUUUCGUGGCCUCUUUCGGCAAAUCCGUCCGCGGGGGAGGGGUGCGGGGCAUCCGACGCUAAUUUUGAGGGCCGCAAUAAGUCUUUUUUCCCCGCCAUUGCCUUUUGUUUAAGCAAUACCACCCACGGCGUGUGGUUUCCCCAGGAUGGGAGUUGUCUACAAAUCCUGACCGCCCCAUCCGAUCACCCCGCGGGGGAUCCCUCACAGGUGGAGAGUUGUGUAUUGUAUGUGAACCCCGCAGGGCAUGCGAUGGUGUUUCGCUUGGAAUCGCGUUGGAAAACGACGCCGGCGGAGGGCUCGGCCGGGGGGCUUCCCCCCGGCCUUCAAUGGCUUCUCAUUCCCACCUCUCUACACCACAAAUUCAAACUCCUGCCCGGGGUUCAUCGCUGGGCUGGAGAUUUCGCAAAGGCCACGAGUGCGGGGGAAGGACAGCGAGGACUAAUGACCGAAUUUCACGCGGCGCGUUGGUGGGAUCCGGCGAGGGCGCGGCAAACCUCCUGGCGGAUUGGCAGCCAAGAGGUUUUCUCCUUCGGCCUUCGGGUGGUUUUCGCGCGGGAUGAGGUCAAGAAGGGGAAAUCCGAUAAAACAACCCCACCCCCGGGCGGUGAGCCGCCGCGUUCGAAGUCCGCGGCGUGGAAAACUCCACCUUUUCGACCGGAGCUUUCACCGGACCUGCGGUGGUUUAUUCCGUACGUUUGCACAGCGCAUCUGCCGCCCUUUUCCAGCGGCGAAAAGGGUGGCGGCCUCACCAAGGAGGAUCAUAUGCCGGGAAAUCGAGCGGCGGCCACUCCGAGCUCUCCUCCUCAUUCCCAAAAAGGUGUUUGGGGCCGUGAAAGCCAGGAAAUGGAAGGAUGGGGAAAGGAUUGGGCAAACGGAAGAGCCUCCUCGCGGUUGGAGGGGGAGGAGCCCUGUGCGCGAUUCACAUUGGCGAAUACCUUAGAGCGGUACCCAGACGACUUGUUUUACAUCCAUCCGCGUGAGCAGAAUUUCUAA